GGACAAAGAAGCAGACAGGGCAGAGCGGGGUAGGUACAAGCUAUGCCGAGAGCUGAGUUUACGAGAUGAGGUUGCACCGACGUCUAGUCUCGAUGGCGAACGAAUGUGGGAUCGGCGCAAGCUUGAAGCGGGGAAACAAAGCUGACCUACGUGGGUGGUGCCUGCGUCUGCGCCAGCUUGCCAAGGAGCGGUUGACGGCGCAACGACCGGGCCGCGAUUCUCUCAUUCACCAUCGAUAAGCAAGACUCACUUGUCACGACGCGCCACACAACAACAUUCGACACCUCGAAGACCCUCGCACACAUCUGCGCAGUAACACGACAGCCCAUACUCGAUCCUCGCCACAUUACAAGCAAGCGCAAACUACACCCGCCAUGUCGUCCCCCGCAGAAGCAGAAUAUGGGAGCAAAGACACGCAGGAUGCAAACAAGCAGAUUCUCUUCCGCUUCUGCUCUGAAUGCUCAAAUUUGCUGUUUCCCCGUGAAGACAAAGCCGAGAACAAGCUGCUGUUCGCCUGCAGAACAUGCUCCUUCACCGAAGAGGCGCCCUCGUCCUGUGUCAUGAGGCACGAAAUCGCAUCGACAGUUGGAGCGACGGCUGGUGUCACAGCAGAGGUCGCGCAAGAUCCUACGGUUGGUGCCUCCAACCCCUCUCCCCAGAACGCUGCUCCAAAAGAGAAAGAAGUCACAUGCUGCACCAUGUGCGGGCAAGACAUCAUGUGCAAUGUGUGCGGCGAAGACUGGGCUCCGGGCUUCAUGCUUGAGGCUGAGGACGAGCCGUCACACGUGGAACCUCAACACGACAUAAAUCAUGAUUUUGAGUUCUACGAUGAUGACUUCUUCGACGACGAGGAUAUGGAAGACGUCUUGUCAUGAGCACACCCCUCUGUUGCUUGCCUGAUUCUUUCGAACCUGCUCGCUAACAGUUGCGGCCAGCUACCGCGCGUCCAGAAGCAGUGCUCUUGCGGCGAGAACGAGGCUGUCUUCUUCCAGUCGCAACAGCGAACCGCGGACACGGGCAUGGCCCUCUACUACGUUUGCUGCGGCUGCGGUAAAGUCACGCAACCCUCAUGAACGAUGCAUUUAUGAUAGGCAUUUGGCCGGCGUUUGGACCUUUAUGUGCGGCGUGGAGUCCCGGAGAAUUAAUCUUCUGAUACCCGUGGGUAUUUAUACAAUGGCAUACACAUGUUUUACAGUGUCCUUGGGCUCCAUAU